AUGAUGAACUACAGGUUCCUGUGUUCGUUAGCCACUUGGUGCAGCUUGGCAUACCUUUCUGCUGGGCUGUCAAUUUUAACGAAGAAACCAAACAUAUGUGUCCUUGGGGCUGGGGUCUCAGGAUUAGCGGCUGCGAAAGCGACGGCAGAGUAUAUUCGGGAGCUGGACCUGGUGGUGUUUGAAAAAAGCUCCGACGUAGGUGGAUUGUGGAGGUAUACAGAUAGUCAGGAUAAAGACGAGCAUGGCUUGCCUGUGCACAGUAGCAUGUACAAGUACCUUCGGACCAAUGGACCUGGAAUACUCAUGGAGUAUCCGGACUUCCCCCAUUCCAAUGAAGAAAACCGAGAGCAAUGCAACAGUCAUCAGUACGUUUUACAUUAUUUGACACAAUACGUCAAAGUAUUUGGAUUGCGCAAGUACAUAAAGUUUAAUACCGUGGUAGAAGAAAUUUUGCUUUUGGAAGGCGAUAAGGACGAUUGGAAGAGCGACAAAUGGUUAAUGAUUACUCGUGAUUUAGAAACCGAUCAUGAAUCGUCGACUCUGUGUGAUGGUGUGGUUGUUGGUAAUGGACACUACCAUAAAACGAACGUGCCCAAGAUUGCCGGAAUCGAAAAUUUCCCCGGCAAGAUUCUUCACAGUCACAUCUACAGGUACCCUCAAGAAUUUGAAGGCAAAACCGUUUUGGUACUAGGGGCUGGAUUCUCUGGAAUUGAUAUCAGCCAGGACAUGUCGCCGUACGUCAACAAGAUAUACCUGAGCCAUAACAAACCUAAAAUUCAAAGUAGACUACCGAAAAACGUCGAGCAGGUUGCAGGCUUAGCCUCUGUCAAUGGUUCGACGCUCAUUCUGAGGGACAACUCGACGCUUCAGGCCGACGUAAUCCUCUUCGCCACAGGUUAUUUAUUUUCUUAUCCAUUUUUGAGCAACGACUCUGGUCUUGAGUUGAGUGGAAAAUAUGUCUACCCAUUGUACAAAUACAUGCUCAACGCCAAGCAUCCAUCCAUGGCCCUUGUAGGAGCCGCCACGGAAACCGCCAAUUAUCCUCUUUCCCGCGUACAGAGCCAGUACUUCGUAUCGAUGAUGCGCGGCAAGGCCCACGUACCGAGUCUGGAAGAAAGAUUAGUCACCGGUAAGGACCGCGAGUUGACACCGCAAGAGAAGAGACUUGCAAUGUCCUUGCAGGACAAGCAAUGGAAAUAUCAAAACGAGCUAGCUCAGGAAGGAGGCUUCGAACCUUACAACAACGACCUUCUGGGUCGCAUAUACGACGCUUGGGAUGCUUACAGCCAAAAAUACUUGAUGUACUUCAAAGACGCUUCAGUCAAAAUUCUCCGCAAUGGGUACUUCAAAAUCAUCAACCCUCCUUACCUGCAUCCAAAUGCAGAGUGA